AUGGCAAGAGCUGCCCUGUUUCAUUUGGUGCGAUCUCGAACCAGUUAUCUCAAAUCCACAGAUUUUCAAUCAGGUUAUCAUCUAGGUCAGGUUGGACAAUGGGUGCAGGCUCCCAGUGCCAAAAUUGACACCAACUUUAUCAAGCCAUUUGCUGCUCUCGAGAAACGAUGGUUAUCUCAGUCCACAGUAGCAGAAAAUGACAAGAAGAUCAGUAUUGGACCUCAGAAAGGUGGAGAAAUGGGAAAUGGAGAAAAGGAAACCGGGAUUGUUUAUUAUGGCCCUAUAUCAAAUACUAUCAAGAAAGUGAAGCUUCUCUCUCUUUCCACUUGCUGCCUCUCCGUGUCUUUAGGUCCUGUGAUAACUUUCAUGACGUCUCCCGACAUGAAUGUUAUCUUGAAGGGUGCAGUGGCAUCUUCUGUUAUAUUCCUAAGUGCUUCGACUACUGCAGCUCUCCACUGGUUUAUAAGCCCUUAUGUUCACAAGCUCAGGUGGCGACCUGGUUCAGACAGCUUCGAGGUGGAGAUGAUGACGUGGCUGGCAACUUAUGUUCCUAGAACAAUAAAGUUUGCAGAUAUCAGGCCACCAGAGACCAAUCGGCCUUUUGUGUCGUUUAAAGCUAACGAUCAGUUUUAUUUUGUUGAUGCAGAGCACUGUCAUAACAAGGCAUUGUUGGCUAAGCUUACCCCACAAAAAAAAGUGCACGAAUCAGCUUUCAAGAAUUUAUGA